AUCUUAAUGCGUUUAACAGCACUUAAUAUCCUAUAACAGCGCUGCAGUCUCUCAUGUAAAUUUAGCUUAUUUUGUUUUUUUCUCAUAGUCGUUGUAUCAGUGCUUUUAUCAUUUAUAAAUUAAAAAAUACGUAGUUUUCAAACUAAGAUAGUUCUGAAACACCUGAAAAAAACACUCAAGAAAAUUCAUUCAAAUAGUGCUUUGAAAUCAAUUUGCAUAUAAAGUGCAACUAUGCAUAAACAAAAACAUUCUAAUCCGCCUGUACACAUUCAACAAGUUUCAGGUAUAUUACUAUCAUGGGCGGUGGAAAUGAUAUACGGUGCGGAUUGGAACCAUUAGAAUUUGAAGAAUGUAUUAUUGAUAGUCCAGAGUUUCGGGAAAAUUUAAAUCAACAUGAAAAAGAGUUGGAUCAUACUAGUCAUCAGAUAAAACGCAUUAUAAAGGAAGUUAAAGACCUCAUGACUGCCGCUAAAGUGCUUUCCACUAGAAUGAAACAACUGGCCAUUUUAUUGAAUGACUUCAACUUUGAGUGCAUAGGUAACGCGCAGACUGAUGAUGAGAACGUUAUUUGCGAAAGCUUAAAGCGAUUUUGUGCGAUAAUUGGAAACAUUGAAGAAGAAAGGGAAAAAAUGCUAACUCUUGCUGAUAAACAUAUUAUUGAGUCACUGGAAGAGUUUCGAAAAAAGCAAAUUGGAGGCGUAAAAGAGAACAAAAAGAAAUUUGACAAAAAAACAGAAAAAUUUUGUCAGUCUCAAGAGCGUUUUUUGAAUAUGUCCACCAAAAAACCAGAAAAUACUCUGCAAGAGGUAUGUUUAACCCUCUAUGACAUAAGCAUAGAAAUAAUAAAUAAAACCAUAUUUUUCUAUACGGAUGUUUUUAUUAAGGCUGAUGCAAGCUUAGGCAUGCAUGAACGUGAAUACAUCCAGGAAUCUUUAAGUUAUGUUCUACGCAUUCAGGAAGUACAGGAAAGAAUAAAAUUUGAGUUCGUUGAGAUAUUGCUUGCUUUUAUAUCUGGAUGGUUGGUAUUUUAUCACACAGCACAUGAACAAGCGGAAGAUCAUAGAGAUUACCUGCAAGACCUAAGGCAUAAAGUGCAAAAGACACGUGAAAAUUUUGAGGAAGCCCGAGAAAAAGUGACAGAGCUAAAAACAAAAUAUAUGGAAAAACGCACAAAACCUGAGGAAAUUUUUACCAAGCGCGGCUAUUUAUUUUUGAUGGAGAAAAGUUCCCUUUUAAAAAUAUCCCUUUUGGAGCCAUUUAAAGCAUCAUGGACAAAGUACUACUGCACCUUCAAAAAACAAAAACGAGAGUUUACCAUGCUUCAAUUUAAUCAAAUGAAUCACAAUUUUACAAGACCAGAAAAUCGUGAAGAUGAAAAACUGACGUUAUUUUCCUGUUACCGGCGGGCUUCUGAGUUCGAAAAGCGGUUUUGCUUUGACUUAACUUUUAAAGAAAAACCUGGGGUUGUUUAUACUUUUCAGGCAUUAAGCGAAAAGGAUCAUAUUUCAUGGCUUAAUGCAAUGGAUGGAACGGAACCUAUGAAUAUGGUUCCAGGUAAAGUAAAAUCAACUGACUCAUAUCAACUUAACGAAUCUGGAUUUAUAUUUGUUCGCCGUUGCAUUGAAGUCUUAGAAAGUCGGGGCUUGGAAGAUGAAGGCAUUUACCGGAAAAGUGGCGUCGGAACAAAAAUCGGAAAGCUUUUAACAAUGGGCUUAAAUUUAAGUGAAACUGAAGAUAUAUUUACGGAUGAAAAAUACACCGAUUUAAUAGAAAGUAAUACCAUAGCAAGUGCUCUGAAAAUGUAUCUUCGAAAUUUAAGUGAGCCCUUAAUGACAUACCGUUAUCACAAUGACUUCAUUGAAUCAGCAAAGAUAGAAACCCUUAACCAACGAAUUAAUGAAGUUCACAAGCUGGUCCACAAGUUACCACAUAUUAAUUUUGAGAUGUUAGAUAUGGUUAUUUUCCAUUUAACCGAAGUUUCACGGAAAUACGAAAAAAAUAAGAUGUCGGUUUUCAAUCUUGGUGUAGUGUUUGGACCAACUUUAUUGCGACCACGGGAAGAAUCAGUUGCGGCCAUAUUGGAUAUUAAAUUUAACAACAUAGUCAUCAAUAUAUUGAUUGAUAACUAUGAUCGGAUUUUUAAAAUUAGUCCCAACAGUAAGGAAACAUUUUCAGAAUCCACCAGUGCCCUAAAAAUUAACCAUACCGGUAGACACAGCCCACCAAAGCGAAUGCCUAGAGCGUCUCAGUUACAAAAAUCUUUGGAAGGAGAUACAGUUUGUUGUGCAAAGUAUCCUUCCCAAAAAAAAAUAUAUCGAGUAGCAAUGAAACCGGAUUAUACUGAACCUACAAUGUCAUCAAGUUUGCAGAGUAUUCCAAAUGUUGUUAAAUAUGGGUAUAAUUCGGGAAGUAAUUUAUCAACUUUGCAUAGCACAGGUGAAAUAGGACAAUCAAAAAUUGGAAUCACAAAUACAAUGAUGCAAAAAGAUAGAACUUUACAGUGUCCUGCUACUAGUUCAAGUGCCGAUAAUGUCGUUUUGUCUUCUUAUGAAAUUACUAAUAGUGAGAUACAAAAUCUCGGAAUUCAAGCAUCACCUUCAAGCAGUUCCAAUAAUAUGCGCCAUCCAGAAUUUGAAAGGACUGCAUCAUCAAUGGGAUCACAGUCUGGCCCCGGUACUCACUUUUUUGCAAGUACUUCUAGUUCUGAAACGAUACCAGCUAAUAUAUUAGCUCAAAAAACUAUACCAACGACUUUCAAAAAACCCCCAAAAGAUAAUUUAUUGGGUAAUGAUGUUUCUGGUCCACAGCAGCAAUACCCCAACAAAAGUGGCCAUUACUCAUACAGGUUGGGUAAAAACUAUUCUUCUAUUAUGACUGCAUCAACAUCAAGCUCUAAUGAAAGUGUAUCCGACUGCUCAAACAGUGGUUUAAAUAGUACUAAAACUGAGAUUCGGGAUUUUCGCCGUCAUGGCACAAAUGAAAUUGUAGCAACGAUUGCACAGAAUUUACCGUUAUCGACACUUCUUGGGACAAUCUCAAAUGAUAUUAACACAGAAAAACCUAGAUGCACUGCAGAAAGCGACAAAGCAACUUCGACUUCUAUCCGCAAUGUUAGUAGUGCAACCAAUGAUAGCUCUUUAUAUGUACCACCCACUAAAAUGCAUCGCACUCGUGACGUAAACCAAAUUAAACGGGAUUUAUCAACAGGCACUGCGCGUGUGCGCACACUUUAUGCUUGUAUGGGAGAAAGCGAGGGUGAGCUAUCGUUUGAGCCCAAUCAAAUAAUAACAAAUGUACGAUUUUCUCACGAACCUGGUUGGCUCCAGGGUACAUUAAAUGGAAAAACGGGACUCAUUCCUGAAAACUACGUGGAACACUUAAAAACCUAUAAAUAAAAACAAAACCAUUAUAUAAAAAUUGUUUUAUUAUUAUACUAGAUAAACAAUCAAAAUUUUCCAUUACAUUAAAAAAGUCUUUCUUAGCAUUUUUCUUAUUUAUACAUAACACUAAAUGUAGUUUUAAUAUAAAUGUCCCCCAAUGUAUUAAUUUAAGUUUUUUCAAGUCUGUACGCAGCAAAAUUUGUUAUUUUGUAAAUGUAACUAAUGUAUGGUGCUUUAAAAAGCUUAAACGUUUUACUUGGCCUUCAUAGGUAUACUUUUGAUGAACAUAGUUUUUUGAAAAUAGUGGAAUGGAUGAAACUUUAUCUGUCUUUUAGUAUUACCACCUGAUUGUCGUAUAAUUUAUUACUUAUUCCAGUAUAUUUGAUUUGCCAUACCGCUUUCAUAAAAGGAAAUUUUUUUUAUUAUAAUAAAUAUUUAUCAAUCUUGAAUUUUCGGGACAGUAUGUGGCAACUUUUUACAAAGAAGUGGUUACUAAAAAUAUAAAAAGAAGAAAACUAAUUUUGAAUACUAUCUUUCGUCAAAAUUUUAGGUGGUGUAACUUUGUCCGAAUGCCUCGCGGAAUUCUUUAUAGAUUCACUUCCCAGCGCCGAUUGCGACUGAGUAAAUCUAAUCUCGCUAGAAGGCACUUUGGUAAGCAUCGUUAAAAUCUUGAACUUCAUGGGGCUGCGCAGACCUAUUUAUGUAUGAAGCAUAUUGUGUAUAAUGAAAAAAUAUUUAUAUUUAUAAAAUUUUAAACUUUCAUGUACAUAACCAAAAAUGGCGAAACCUGAGUCAACUAAACAUUAUUGCUUAUUGAAAUUACUUAAGGCUGCUGCUAUACGGCCGCUAUACAUAUAUGUACACAUAUAUCUAUUGAUUGCAUCUAAUAGCUGCCGAUAUCUGUAAUUGUGUUCAUAAUAGGACUAAGUUUAUGGAGUGUAGAAAAAAACGAAAGAGUCAUGGUCGCACCUAAAAACUUGAUAUUACAGAAAACUUUUUUACAGAAUUUCACAACUGUACAAGUUCAUUACGUUGCUAAAUUUUGUAAUAAAAAUGUCUUCGUUUCCUCUUAAGUUAAAGAAAAAAUGAUUAAAACUACAAAGAGCCAUUUUUUAAAUAAUUUAUGACCUUCCUAAUUGUGGUAGUGGUAAAUAUACACAUGUUUCCAAAUAACCUAAUUAUAAAAUCACAGCUGUUGUAAUAAAUUUAAUGUAAAUGUUACAAAUCUUACAAAAUCCAUGAUUGUCACAUUACGGUAAAUUUUCCAUAAGCACGUAAACCACUCGUAAUAAACACAAAAGGAUACCAAAAA